AUGAUGUUCCUGUCGUCUCCGCCGCGCUCGGCGUCCACCCCCUACGGCGCCAGUGACCAGUUCCCGCCUUCCCAGCACAUGUACCAAGCCGUAGCCGACUUCAGUCCGCUGUACUCGCACGCGCAGCCCCAAACGCUGUCGAGUUACCGCCCUCGACGCCGCGUGACUGUCGUGCGCCGCCCUGCCGGCUGCAACCUGGUGCGGCCGUGCACGCUGGCGAGCCAGAUCACGCGCAUGCUGCUGUUCAACGGCUGCAGCGCCGCGCUGAGCGUGAUCGGGGCGCUGGUGGUGUGGACUGGGGCCGCUCUGGCCGUGGUCACCAUGCCUCUGUUCGGCUGUGUGGUGCUGGUCUUCCGUGGCCUACUGCACGUCGUCUUCUACUUGUGCUGCACGGACGCCUUCAUCUACAACGCGCUGGCUGCGUCGGCGGCGGACUGCAUCGACAUGGACUUGGCGGAGUGGGGGCCCAUGACCAGCAGCGACGAACUGCAUCCGUUGCUGCCGAUUCGAGUGCCCCCGCCGCUCGGAGGGACUAGGGGGCAGGUGUUCGAGCCGCGCCCGAGGUUCGACAGGUCGCUGGGCUCCACGUCGCCCCGGUCCGUGCUCGCGACGGUGUACUUUGGCUGCUUCAAGGUGCUCGUGGGGGCGAUGCAGCUGCUGGCGGUGGUGCUGGUGGUGGGGGUUCUCGGCUUCUUGAUCGGAGACAAGCGCGUGCCCGUGCACUUGGAUGGGCUAACGAAGCAGUACCCAUUUGCAGUGUACACGACGGCGUUCGGACUGCUGCUAGUGGCGCUGGCGAUGCUGCAUGGAGUGACGAGGGUGUCCAAGGUUGUCACGCGCUUCUUCUGCUGCGAGACGGGUCUGGUCACGCUGUCGCGGUGCCGCCAUCCUGUGUGCUUCAAGUGCCUCUCCAAGGCGUGCGCGGAAGCUCUCAAGAACGCAACGUCGGCGACGUGCUGGAAGUGCAGCAAGGAGAUCGCUCUGGACCAAGUGGAGAUUGGGCUGAGCCAUUCGGAGUACGCAAUGUACUUGGUCCGACGCAAUAAAGCGGACCCUGCGCGCGCGGACUGUGCGAGUUGCGCUGCGAAGAAAAACGUGUGCCAGCUGAGGGUUGCUCCUUGCGGACACCACUACUGCCAUCCGUGCCUUCUGCGCAUGUGUCGUCUGGCGUUGGGCGACCGCGCGCUUGUGCCUCUCCGUUGCUGCAAGAAGGAGCUGCCCCAUGACUACGUCCGUGAAUCCUUGCGGGGUGCCGCUGACUACGCUAAGUACCAGAAGCUCAUGACCGAGAAGGACUGGAAGAUAUCGGACCUCACGUCUGAUGCCGAGUACACGGCGACGGUGAAGGCGAUGGGCGCUAAGCAGUGCCCUGGAUGCGGCAUCGGCGUGCAGCGUGACUUCGGCUGCGUGCACAUGACGUGUCCAAACGGGCACCAGUUUUGCUACACGUGUUUGCAGUUCUGGGGGUCGUGCAACUGCCCGCUCAUCCCGGAAGCGGAGGUGCGUGCGAUUCUCGGCGAGUAG